GAAAUACAUUUCUCAAAUAAAUCUAUUGGAAACAACUCGAAAGUACCAUUUUUUAAUCCAAUUUCCAUGGCUUCCUCUCCCAAAAUCAUCAAUCUCCCCUACAAGAGGCUUUCUCUAAAUAAUGAUGUCUACGGCGAAACAACAAGAAGAUCUUCAUCAUAUUCGUACAGGUUCAAGAGAGUGGUGUCAUUGGGAGGGAGAAGAAGGAUUAGGGUUAGAGUUAAGAUCCGGAGACUUAGGGGAUUUGUGAGGAAGAAAGCAAGUAGGGUUAAGAUUGGAAUUUUAAAGUUAUUGAAGAGGUUGAAGGAGAGUCAAUCACAUUUUGGUGAUCUCUUUGCUGGUAAUUACCUUUUCAUGCAAGUUAAUCCUUCUUCUCUGAACAAUAAGUAUGUUUUCGACAGAUCUUUCCAAGGUCGAAAUGAUAACUUCACCUCUAAAUUAUCUCUUCCUAGAGUUGUUAUGUAA